AUUAAAAAGAGAGAGAGAGGCCAUUAUAGGUAAGAAGAAGCUGAGAAAGUACCUUAGUGUUCGGUCCGAAUUCAACUCCACUUUUGUCUCUCAAUUUGUUUUCUCUUUCUCUCUCUCUCUCCCCUUCGAUUUUUUUUUUGUUCGGCGAUUUUUCUGGGUUUCUUGUAAAUGUGAGCAAUAGAUAGAUUCUCAAUUAAAAGAAAAGUUUUUUUUUUCUUCUUUGCUGGUGCAUUGAUUCGUGGAUCAGCCAUCUUCUCAGAAAGAUUUGGGGGAAAAGAAUCAAAGGAAUCACUCUAUGUCAGGUCCACUUGAUCGAUUUGCAAGACCAUCUUUCACUACAGGUUUUGAGGGAAUCUUGAGCAGUGAUGAGAAAAAGGAAAGAAAGUCAGAUUUUGAGAAUUCUGAAGAUGAGAGGAGAACUAGGAUUGGUUCUUUGAAAAAGAAAGCCAUUAAUGCGUCUACCAAGUUCAAGCAUUCUCUCAAGAAAAAGAGUGGAAGAAGAAAGAGUGAUGGUCGAGUGAGUUCUGUCUCCAUUGAAGAUGUGAGGGAUGUCGAGGAGCUACAAGCUGUUGAUGCGUUUCGACAAGCGUUGUUAAUGGACGAGUUGCUUCCCGAUAGACACGAUGACUAUCACAUGAUGUUGAGGUUCUUGAAAGCGAGGAAAUUCGAUGUUGAGAAAGCAAAGCAAAUGUGGGCUGAUAUGAUUCAGUGGAGGAAGGAGUUUGGUACUGACACUAUUAUUCAGGAUUUUGAUUUCGAAGAGAUUAAUGAAGUUUUGAGACAUUACCCACAUGGUUAUCACGGUGUUGACAAGGAAGGCAGGCCUAUUUACAUUGAAAGACUGGGGAAGGUUGAUCCUAACAGACUCAUGCAAGUUACAAGCAUGGAUCGUUAUGUAAGAUAUCAUGUAAAGGAGUUUGAGAGGUGCUUUAUGAUCAAGUUUCCUUCCUGUACAAUUGCUGCAAAGAGGCAUAUUGACUCGAGUACAACUAUUCUAGAUGUUCAGGGAGUGGGAUUGAAAAACUUUACCAAGUCUGCUCGAGAGCUUAUCACACGAUUGCAAAAGAUCGAUGGGGACAAUUAUCCUGAGACUCUCCACCAAAUGUUUAUUAUCAAUGCAGGGCCUGGAUUUAGGCUACUCUGGAACACUGUGAAGAGCUUCCUAGACCCAAAAACAUCUGCUAAAAUUCAUGUCCUCGGAUACAAGUAUCUACCGAAAUUGCUUGAAGUCAUUGAUGUCAAUGAGUUGCCUGAGUUCUUGGGAGGUGCAUGUACAUGCGCAGACCAAGGUGGUUGCAUGCUUUCUGAUAAAGGACCUUGGAAAAACCCUGAAAUUGUUAAGAUGGUGCUUCAUGGGGGAGCACAUCGAGCAAGGCAGGUGGUGAAGGUUUUGAACAGCGAGGGGAAAGUCAUAGCUUAUGCAAAACCGUCAUAUCCAUGGAUAAAAGGAAGUGAUACUUCCACUGCAGAGUCAGGAUCUGACGCUGAAGAUAUCGGGUCUCCAAAGGCUAUUAAAAGUUUCUCUCAUCUCCGCUUGACACCUGUUCGCGAGGAGGCAAAGUUGGCUGGUGAAACAAGCUUGGCUGGUAGUUUUCCGGGCUAUGAUGAGUAUGUACCAAUGGUUGACAAAGCUGUCGACGCAACCUGGAAAGUGAAACCCGCUAUCCAGAGAGUGGCCUCAAAAGGGGCUUUAAUGUCUCCCACCCUUCCAAACGAUCCUGAAGGCAUCCGAGCUAAAGUGCUAGUAAUGUUCAUGGCAUUCUUGAUGGCGGUUUUCACAUUCUUCCGCACAAUAUCUUACCGAGUGACCAAUAAACUUCCAGCGACUACUACUUCCCCACCAGAAACCCAAGGAAACGCAAUAGAACUUGGUUCUAAUGGUGAAGGAGUAAAAGAGGAGUGUCGUCCUCCUUCUCCUGUACCAGACCUAACGGAAGCCGACCUCCUAAAUUCUGUGACGAAGAAACUAACAGAGCUGGAAGGUAAAAUCGGAACUCUCCAGUCAAAGCCUAAUGAGAUGCCAUACGAGAAAGAAGAACUGUUAAACGCAGCAGUCUGCAGAGUAGACGCACUAGAAGCAGAGCUCAUAGCUACCAAAAAGGCGCUUUACGAAGCAUUGAUGAGACAAGAAGAGCUACUUGCUUACAUUGAUCGUCAAGAAGAAGCUCAAUUCCAAAAAAUGAAGAAGAAGAAGAAACAUCUCUUUUGCUUUUAAAGCACCAGGCAUCCCUCAAAAUAUCUCUCCUUCACACCAAGUGUUUAUUUUGCUCUUCUUUAAAGGUUAAAACAAAAACAAUGCAAAACAAAGAGACUCUUCUAUCUGAUUCUGAUGUUAAAAGCUACUAAUAUACAGAGAGCUCUGUUUCCUACUGUGAUUAUGAGCCUUCCAUUAUAAUAUCAAUAUGAAAACUUUAUUUAUAUU